GCCUCGAUUGCCAGACGCCGCCGGAAAGCGUACGGGCUUCGACGUCGCUGGACGCUCGCCGCGAGAGCGUGGCCUUGCGUCGUGAGGCGCAACGGCGCAGCUUCCUGCGCGAGGCCGUCCCCUUUGGCUGGCACGCUGACGUGUCGUGCAAUAGGUGUUUACAUUAAUAAGCCAACCAGGGAGAAAGAAACGGCUGACCGGGCUCGUAGACUUGAGAGGUUGCGCGGCCGCACAGUAGUUCACUAAGGAAAGAUCAUGGCUUUCCACGCGAAGCUGGUGUCGUCAGCUGUCUUUGCACUUGCCAUCCUCGGCGUCAUCGAGGCAUCGUCACAAGCCUCUUCGCAAAAGGAUUUACCAGAAUACUGCUCAAAAGGAGGUGAAAUUGACUGGAUGGCUGUGCUGAGCAAGGGCUUCGAACUUUACCAGAACUACGCCUCAAAGCAAGCAGCCUCUCCUGCGCGCUCACCUUUAGAAGACAUUCUGGCAGCCGCAGUUCAGCAGAAAAGUGACAAUGCAGUGCCAGCGGAAGAGAGUGGUACCGCGACGAAGCCUGACGCCAAAGAGAGUGCGGGCACUCAUCAACCGGACGUCACGGCCGCUCUCCUGAGCUCGCUACUUUCGAACCUGGGAAAUGCCGAUGGCCCAUCGAAGAAGUCAGCUGAAGCCGAUCCAAUGGCAGGACUCAAGACAGUGCUUGAUGGACUGAACGCGUUGAACGGCAAAGGUUCAUCUUCCGGAACUCCAGGGGCCGGAUCUAUCGAUCUGUCUAAGCUUGCGCCCUUGAUACUUCAAGGACUACCGUCUCUCCUUGGGACACAGGGUAGCGGGUCGCAGACAAGUGUCCUGUCUCUGUUGGGCUCGCUUUUGGGAAACCAGCAAAGUGGCAAAGGUCUCGAGAAAAUGUUUUCUCAGGUACUGAAUACCAUCUUCAGUCCCGACAGGAAAGGAAAGGAGGGCGGCGUUGCAGAUGGUUUGGAGCCAGCUAUCUCGACUGUUAUCGAAUCCCUCCUCAAGGCUGGCUUUAAAGAUGACGCUUCAACGAACGAUGCACCGAAAGACGCAGAAAAGUCAACGCUACGAACCGAACUAUAAGUUAAUAAAUUAUUUUUUAUUAGUCA